GCAUAUGUUGUUACAACAUGUGUAGCAUGUAGCAUGAUGUACCGGUACCGGUAUCGUGAUAGCCCAAUCGGUCCCGAGGAGAACAACCGAGCGAGCACGAUACUACGAGUACCGGGAUCGGCUCCAUUGAUACUACCACCACAGCUAAAAAAUACUGUAUUACUGUAGUUCAUUGCCGUUCUCGUUUGUGUUUUCACUUUUUUGCCUCGAAACACCCACCGGAAGAAAAUCAAAACAAGGGGAGGACGAAAACACCAAACCAACCAACCACAAAACCAACAAAAUCGAGAUUCACCAGACGCGRAAUUCCAGAAUGGGAGGGCUGACGGUGCUCAAGUACCUUCUGUUGCUGGUCGUGGCGUUGUCGGCGACCAUGCUGGUCAUUCAGAUGCACGUCUUGGAACACCAUGUUUCUGCUGUUUCGAGCCACGUGUGGUCACCUUCGCAUUCGUCGCCAAUCUUUUUGGCGGAGGGAAGGAAAGCGAUGCCAGACGGCAGAAACUUGAAGAAGCGGGACGAAAACGAAAACGACAACGACAACGGGAACGAAAACGAAAACGACAAUGAGAGUGGCGGAGGAGUGGACGACGACGACAAUGACGACAGGGGAGACGAAAACGGUAGCGCGAAAGAUCCAAAUGGGGAACUAGGCGACGUGGAGUUUGACAUUGACACUGCGAAAGACAUCGAAGACGACCUCAAACCCAUCCUGAAGAUUCUAGAACAGGGMGGAUACGAUGUUUCCGAAAAGAACAAAGGCAUCGAUCGAUCGAAGCUUCCCCGCUGGUCCGAGGUCUUGGCGGCCUACGGACCUCCCCGCGUCGUCGGUUUGGAGUUUUGUCAGCACUACAGGGACGUUGUCCCGCCCCACAAGCGGAACAUGGCUCCGGCAGGGAUGUUCAACAGUGGGACCAACCUGCUGGCCCAGUUGCUCCACGCCAACUGCGAUUUUUCCUUGCGUUCCAAGGUCCUCUGGCAGCCGAUCUGGGGCAAGCACUUCCCGGGGAACUCACGGACCAACCACACCAUUUCUUUCAAGAAGCCAGGGCAGGCAAAGCUGUAUCGCGACAAGCCCUACCACACGACACUGCCGGUGGUGUCGAUCCGGGACCCCUACACGUGGAUGCAGAGCAUGUGCCGGCAAAACUAUGCGGCCCAGUUCGCCUUCGCGAAGGACCAGUGCCCCAAYAUCAUCCCGUACCCGAGCGACAUCAAGGCGCAUCCCCGCUACGGGAACAAGAAGUACGUCCCGGUCAACGUCAAGUACACCAAAGGCUGGACGGUCCACCACGAAUCGCUGGUGCACGUAUGGAACGAAUGGUACCAAUCCUACCUCGAGUUCGAGGGCGACGACGGAGAUCGCCCCGAGGGUACCCUUCCGAAACUGAAGGCACCAGAGAUGCCCUACGUGAUGGUCCGGAUGGAGGACCUGGUCUUUCACGGACCGACCGUGGUUCCACAGCUCUGCGAGUGCGCGGGGAGCAAGUACCUCUGGGGCAACAACACGGACCUGUUUCGCCACACCUCCACGGUCGCCAAUGCCAACCACGGCAUCGACGUCUCGGCGGGAAUGGACACGGGCCUCCUCCGGAGCAUCGUGAAGUACGGGAACAUUGCGAACCGCCGAAUCGGGUAUCCGGCCAACCAGCUGGAGGCGGUGAAAGAACUCCUGGAUCCAAGGAUGAUGGACAUUCUGGGCUACACCUACGAGGAACCAUAGCCGACCACAACAUUGCGAAUGGACAACCACCCGCACGGCUAUCGAUACGAAUAGAGAUGCCAGGGAAUG